AUGAUAGUAUUUUCAAUACUGUCUCAUUAUUUAUCUCUCACUCUCUCAAGUUUGUUUUAUCUGUCCCUCUCUCUCAAAUCUAUUUCUCCUCCUUUUCCCUGGUUUCCUAGUCAUCCUCUCUCUCAUUAUCUAUUUUUCCUUUGCUCUGAUUCCAUAGGUUUGUGCUAUAUCUCUCUCUUGUUCUUUCUCAAAAUCUAUUACUCUUUCUUUCUUCUAGUUUUGUCUAUCUUUCUAGGAAUUUUUUUUCUUCUCUCUCUCUCUCUCUCUCUCUCUCUAUAUAUCAAUCUAUUUUUCUUUUCCUCUGGUUCCCUCAAUUUUCUUACUUUCUCUCUCUCUCUCUCUCACAAUCUAUUUCUUCAUUUUCCCCUCUGGUACCUGAAUCUCUCUCUCUCUCUCUCUCGAUACACACUUUUGAUCAAGAACCUUGGCGGAAAUGCAUCUGCCUACAGCCUUCCAGGCAAUCCAGGUUUGUUUGUGCCAAACGUGGUCAAUGUAAGCCUAAUUGCUUCUUCACUUCAAGUGAAGAGCAUAACUUUUGAGGCCUUCCUUAUACCUCGCGGACUUUCAGGACAAGAUAUACAUAUGCAGUGCUUUUCAGACACAGUUCAGAACCAGCAGGCAGCCACUGCAUUCUUUGAUUCAAUCAACUGUCUGAAGAAAAACACCACAACCAAUUUAGGAAAUCAAACUACACCUGCCAAUUUCUCAUCAACAACUCAGACAACACCUGCCAGUUCCUUAUCAACAACUCAGACAACAACACCUGCAAUAAGCCGGCCAAAGCUAUGGCUGAUAAACAACCCAAACCUCACUCUAACGGCUGAAGGUGCAAGUAUACAGUUAAGACGGCAGUUUGAUGUUAAAGAACCGACUUUGGAAUUAGUAGCUGUUACAUGCUGUGCAUCUCUGACUCCAGGUAUUCAAGUACUCCGCAAGAGAAAACUCACACUGUCAGUCAUUGUCUCACUUGGACCUUUUAUUUACCACAAUGAUUCUCAAUUUAUCUCAACUGAUGAAAUUCGCCCAACACUAAUUGGUAAUCCAGCAAAGAAGAAUUUUGCCAAUUGUCCUUGUGACAUGACAUGGAACAGCUGUGACAUUAACUGCUGCUGCGAUAUGGAUUGCAGCCCUUCUGAUGUUGAUAUUUUUAGUAAAUGCAUCCCUGGUUAUCAAGGGGCCCAGCAGCUACCACCACCUCCAUGGAUGUGUGAUUCAACUUCACCCGAACAAAUCCCUUUUAUGUGUGUCCGCACUAAAGAUUCUGCCUAUCUUGGCCUUUUUCGUCAUGACAGAUCAACUAUAUCUAAUUUAAUCACAUUUAAAACAGAACUGACUCAAAAAAGAUAUUCUUUCAGUCAAGCUGAUUCCUCAAAUUCUGGAAGAACUGAAAAUUUCAACUACAAAUAUGGUAGUCAAAUUCAAAGCUCCAUUCCAAAUAUUAUCUAUCCUGUACCCAGGCUCCUGACACUACCUCAGCGUACUUUCAGUGGCCAGUGUGCAACAACUGCACCUGUCCCUUUUCUGAUCAACUUCAAUUCAGAUUGCAUAUACCAAAUGACUCCUGAUCUUUGUUCCGACAAUUCCAUCCUGAGUGCUACUAGUUUUGCUUUAUCUACGGCGCUAAGAAACCCCCACUGUCCCCAUGCAUACACGAUCCUUAAUGGGCUAGAACAACAAUUUGUCAAAACAGAAGUGUUUUAUCACUGCACCAGUAACUCUAAAACAUAUCUGAAGUCUUUAGACACACUUUCUGAUGUUCUUUCUCAGAGUUUAGAAUCUUCUCAGAACUUUACCAUUCCUGAUGUUUGUAUAAUAGAUAGUAGUGGCCUUUACCAUUGCCCUAACAAUGUGGAAGAAUCCUUGUCUGCAAUGGAUGAAGAUCUGCCACCUCUGUGUCCUUGGGAUGAUGGUUAUACCAGACCAAGUGAUGGAAGUGAUGGACUCCAAAAAAAGAUAUCUGGAAACCCAGGCUAUAUUAUUGGAGACCCAAUAUGGAGUGGUACAGCUGUUACAAAUGAAACCACUGAAAAACAACUUUAUGUUAAUCAGCAUGAAAGCCAACAAAUGCAUGUGUGGGAACCAUCUCCCUCUGGCUUGUGUAGCUUGGCAGGUAAAAAGAAAAUCACAUUUGGUGAAGAUUUAUUCUCAAGUUGCGUUAUUUUUCUCACACAAGAUUCUCUAAAUGAUUGUCAAAACUUAAGGAAAUGGCUUUUUUACCAACUGAGUCGCUUGAUGCCUUCGGAUAGAAUUGGCCGUUAUGGGAACAAUGGUGCACAACGUAGUUCUGAUUGGAUAAAGGUCCUCAGGGAAAAUAUCAGUGAUCAGUUUCCAGACAUUGUUCCUGUGCCUGAAUUUAAUUCUACAAAUAUGACCAUGGAAAAUAUUAGUAGCACAAUUGAUGUUUCCCUACCCUGGACCACUGAAUCUACAGUGGCUAAUAAUAAAAGAAAUUUUUCUCAAGGGACUUGUAUCCAAAUGCCUACUGGGGUUGUUCUGGACAUUAUGUAUGCAAACACAGGUCUCGUACAAGGCACACCAAUUAAAGAGAUUAUUGGAGCAAAAGCCAGUUAUGUCUUUGACAAUUGGACGUUCACAUGCAUUCAAAAUGUUAUGGUCGGAUCUUGCAUGUCACCAUCUUGGAAUAUUAACAGCACAGAACGCUAUCAAUUGUUCACCUUAACAUCUGUGGUUCAUUUCAUUCGUGUACCUGGAAGGAGAUCAAAACCUGUUAUAAGGUAUAAUGAGCUGCCAGUAGAAAACAGGCAUACAUUUGACUUUGACUUUGGAGACAUUUUCUAUCUAAUAUUCAGACAGCCUGAAGAAGAUUUUGAAUUAUACAUGAACAAAAUUGGCGUUAUUCUUGUCAUCAUCUUUACUGCUCUUCUAUCUGGAUUCAUUAUCCUCAUGUUAUAA